CAUGAAAUUAACUUCCUCCCAUUUCCAUCGCCAGCGCCGCCGCUUUUUCGUGUCCGUACUGUACCAUGUCAGAUGUCGAGAAGCCGAAAUUCGAGAGCAGUUUGUUGGCAUCCUUGCAUAAGGGAGAGCACCCGCCUCCUCCGAGGACUGCCACCUCACGCAAACCUCCGCCAAAGAAACCGCCGUCUGAAGACAGACAACCUCACGCGCGUCCACCACAAGCUCAUGUAAGCGACAGUGGGCACCACAGGAGCAAGACCAAGCAGAAAUUUAUGUACGUACAGAAGGCCUCGCCGACUACCGACGUCCCGCCGGCAACACCAUCCCCUGCAGUAGCCGAGGCACCACCACUGCCCGGUCCAAUCCAGGUGCCACAAGCGGCGCAGCUGCCGUUGCCUCCUCCGCCAGAAGUCAAGAAGCCAUUCCAAUCGUCCUUGAUAGCUUCAGCUCAAAGCAGCAGUGGCCCAUCCCAAUCCAAAUCGUCAUCUUCGUCGACUCCUCAUCAGUUUGCUGCAAAGCCAUCUACUGCGACGCGGGCAUUGCCGACGGCCUCCAAAGAUGGCGCCGACUCCCGACCAUUCCAGUCUUCGCUCCAGGCAUCUAUUGGCUCCAAGAUGACGCCGGACGAAGCAGUCGAAGCGGCUCCGAAGAAGACUCUCCGACAAUCCAUCGAAGAAAAGAAGCUCGGCCACCCGAGUGAUCGCUUCUUCACCCGAUCGGUCUCAUCCCGCGACGACAAGCAAUGGCCUCAUGGGUCCAGACGCCAGGAAGGCGACUCGGCCAGCUACCGCUUGGACGCGCCAAAGGGCAAACUCACGCGGCAGUCCAGCCACGACGCCCACAAGCAAGGCCCUCCGCAGCUCGCCCGCCAAGCGUCGUCCGAAAAGCGAGAAACACCCCCGUCCAUUCUCUCCAGACUUGGCCCCGCCCCGGAUGACCACCGCCACCCGCCGUCGAUUCAUGCUCGCAUGGGUCCCCCCAUCGAAUCGGCCAAACGCGACGCCCCCCUCCCCCGCUCCACUUCCCCUGGCCUUCGACCUCAAUCCUCCGACUUGGACCGACCUCCCCCUUUCUACGGACGCGACACCAAACAACCAGACCGAAGCAAGUCAUCAUCCAAGUCGCCUCUAUGUGACAAGCCCCCGGCCAAAGGCGGGUCGUCGCAGCUGCUCACGUCCAUGCCGUCACCACCUUGUCGUGGUGCCACGUCAUCAUUCGUCAAGCCCCCCGUGAAAGGCUCGUCGCUCGUGGCAUCCAUCUCCAACGUGGACGCGCUGCGCUUGCAAUUGACGUCGUCGAUAGCAUUAAGCCACGCGCGCAGCAAUUCCCCAGCCCACGCCCGCCAAGCGCUUGACAAAGUCCGCUACACUGCGACCCAAUUGCGAGCGCUCAACAAGUCCCCCAACGUCCCACGACCGUUCGAUCUGGUGGAUUUGACCAAGAUCGUCGUGACGCCGGCAUCCCCGCGAGCCAAGUCGUCCAAGUCGUCGGGUCGGUUUUGGUCUGCACGAGCGACGACCUCGUCCGUGGUGCGAAUCCAUGCUGGGCAUGCCAGAGGAGGAGCGUCGCAGCAGCAAAUGCGCGGCGGCAGAGGGGGUCGUGGGGACAGACAACGGGGCAAGGGGGCGCGCCACCAGCCGCCGCCGCCGCCGCCACUGUCGGACGAGCCCAUCGUGCCGUUCGUCAAGUCCGAGUCUCGAUGGGUGCCGUCCAAGGAAGACAAGGUCAAGCAGCCCAAGGACGUGCAACACCAAGUCAAGACGCUUCUCAACAAACUCACCCGCGACCAGUUCGAAAAGAUCACGGCGGACAUCGCGGCCCUCCCGCUCAAGUCGUUGGACACGCUCAAUAUGCUCGUCGCCAUGAUCAUGGAUAAGGCCCUGGAAGAGCCCAAUUUUGCCCAAGUGUACGCCGACCUGUGUGUGCGCCUGCAUCAACACCUUGCCGCGCACCGCCCGCCCUUCCUCCACGCAGUGCACCACGUCGCCGACCAAGUGUGGUACUGGACAGCGGCAAACCGAAGCACGUUCCCAGCGUUCCAUGGCCCUGUGACGAGUCGCGACGAGUGUUUUGCGGGGGCGUUGGGUGUGCACUCAAAGGCGGACAAGGAGGUGCCGCCAGAAGAGGUGCAAGCGCCAGCGUAUUACGUUCACAAGGGUCAUUUGGUUGUGGUGGCGACCAAGGCCGGUCUUCCCAAAGAAUUGUACUAUGCUGCUGUACAAGUGGACAAACUUUCCGAGAACGAGCCAUUGAUGGGCACAUAUCCCACUGAGGAAUCGGCUAUAAAGGCGGCCGCGACCUUCACAAGCUUCAAGCGGCUGCUCGUCACUCGAUGCCAGCACAAGUUUGACAGCACCGAGCACAAACCCAAGCAAGCUGACGAUGCCGACGACCCCGCUGCCGUCCGCGCGGCGCGACGCACCAAGACACUGAUGCUCGGCAACAUGCGGUUCCUAGGCGAGUUGUUUAAGGUGGAAUUGAUUGCGGAAUCGGUGGUGCAACAGUGCAUUUUCAAGUUGCUUGGGCUCGAGCUAGUCCAUGUCGAUGGCGGCGCGCAGGCGGCACAGACCAUUCGGUACCGAUAUAUAUGCAAUAUAUAUAUAUUAAGGACUGUCAUUGAACCAUGUAGCAUGCCGGACGAAGAGGACUUGGAAGCGCUGUGCAAGAUGCUGGCGACAGUAGGCAAGAAAUUCGACCACAAGGGCGUCAAGACCGCCAUGACGAUGAUCCUGGUGCGCAUGGUGGAGCUGUCGGACACGCCGUCGCUGCCGUCGCGCAUUCGGUUCCUUCUCAAAGACGUGUUGGAGAUGCGGGACCAUCAGUGGGUGCCGCGUCGAAAGGAAUUGCAACAGAAGACGCUGCAGGAAGUCCGCAAGGAAGCGGAAAAGCUGCAAAGGCUGGGCAAAAACGCCCAGCACGACGAUUUGCAGGGCAAGCGCCAUCGCACGGCGCACUCGAGCUUGGACGUGGCCAAGCAAAACAGCAUGUUGCUUCUGAGACAGACCACCAUACCCGACCAGCCACCAGUGACGUUAGCAGUGGACCCGACCAACCGGAUCAAGAGCAUCCUGCAAGAGUAUUUGGCCCUGCAUGACAUUGCCGAGACGCGGCAGUGCGUGGCCGAGCUCCCCCGGGACAGCCACUUGGCAUUCGUUGAGCAAGCGCUGACGCUGGCGCUGGAAGGCAAGGAGAAGGAUCGCGCGGCCGCGGUGGACAUGCUCGUGGGGCUAUACGAGACGCUGACCCUGGGCGCGACGGAAAUCCAGAGCGGCUUGCUGGGCACGCUCGAGUUUCUAGACGAUCUGCGCAUCGACAUCCCCAUGGUGCACGAGUACUGCGGACUCAUUCUCGGCCGAAUGAUUGGCGCCGGGUGCUUUGGCCUGAGCUGGCUGCAAUUGGGGGUCCGCCACUUGGCGGAGAGCGGCCUGGCGGGACUGCUCGUGGCCGAAGUGCUGGGCGUGAUGGACGACGACAUGGGCGCGGACACUGUCGCGACGAUGCUGGCGCGAGAGGAGCUCAAUGUCGCCGGCUUCUUACCGCCGGACCAGCAAUCACCCGACGCGGUCGCCGCCUUCCUCAAGGCGCAUGACUUGACGGGCUACUUUUACGAAGACGACGACGAAGAAGAGGACGACGAGGAGGUCAAGGACGCGCUGCAUGCGAUGGUGCAGGAGUUCCUGGUCGUGCAAGACGUGGCCGAAGUGGACGCGUGUUUAGCCGACUUGCAGCCGCAUCCAUGGACAGUGUCGCUGGUGAAGACCGUCCUGAACGAGCUCUGCGAAUGCAAACCAGCCCAGCGCCCCCUUCUCCUGACCCUUUGGCGCCAUGUGCUUCCGCACGUCGACCCCGCGGACGUGGAGGUUGGGCUCUCGUGGUGGUUUGACCAGCUGGACGAUGUCGUCGUCGAUGUGCCCCAAGCCGCAGUGUACGUGGCGCCCGUCGUGGCGCAGGUGCUGCACGAGCGAGUGCUGACGUGGACGUGGCUGGCGACGGUAGUGGACGGAGCCAGGCCAGCCACGGUCGUUCAACUGGUCGAAGGGGUAUGUUAUGCGCUGGAUGCAUUGGACAGUCGAGACGCCACGCGACAAGGGAUCUGUGACAGCGGUGUGUCGAUGGACAAGUUUGCAAGUGGUGGUCGACUGGCGCCGUGGUUCACAUGAUGAUGCUUAUAGGAAAACACAGAAUAGUUGUAUGAACAAAGUUAUUGAAUUGAACACGACGAACAGCAGGUCGGGGUAGGCGUGCAUCCAGGGACCUCCGUGUCCACAGCCACUUCCUCGCUGUAGAUCCACUCGCUGUCUGGCGCACCCGUUGCCUUCGCCCCGACACGAAUAUGGUACGAACACGACGGAUUCAGUUCGUCGAGCACGCCCGUGGACGACGUCACGGGAAGCACCGCGCUAGAUCCCCAGUCUUCAUGUGGCUGCUUGUACUGGAACUGAUAUUCGUAUCCAGGUUGCACGAUGGGAAUCUCCAUCACGAGCGUCACUUCCGUGCGACUCACACAUCGCGGCGGCGGCGGCAACAUCGUUCGAGCUAAGAAUCGGCAAAUGCAG